AUGCCGCAAUAUGCGGAAUCGAACGACCACAAACUGCAACACUCGGUUCAGCAAGACUUAAGUUUGUCACUUGUGUUGGGACAGCCGACCCUUCUUUGUCCACUUACUAAAUUGAUGAACAAUACAAAUUAUCGAGGUAGUUGUGCCCAGCUUCUUAAACACGAUGGCAUCUGAAAAACGCAUUGGUAUAUUGGUGGAGUUUAAUUAUGAAGACAUGGAAUUGUGGUAUCCAUAUUAUAGAUUAAAGGAGGAGGGGUUCAACACAUUCACAAUAGGACCAGAAAAAGAUAAAGUCUACAACAGUAAACAUUCUUACCCAUGUAAAGCAGCAUAUGGAAUAGAUGAUAUCAAAGUUCAGGAUCUUGAUGCUUUGAUUAUACCUGGAGGAUUCGCUCCGGAUUAUUGGAGAAGAGAUAAACGUUUUUUGGAUCUAGUUAAAGGUGUAUAUGAAGCUGGUCAACCAGUUGCAGCUAUAUGCCAUGGGGCUUGGAUGUUCUGUUCAGCUAAAAUACUUCAAGGAAAAAAAUUGACAUGUUUUGUUGCCAUCAAAGAUGAUGUAGAAAAUGCAGGAGGUUUGUAUGAAGAUAAAUCAGUGGUUGUGGAUGGAAACAUGAUAACUUCACGACUUCCAGCAGACUUACCUGACUUCUGUAAAGCUAUUAUUGCUCAAUUAAAAUAAAACAGACAUAUAUGCUAAA